CAGGCGCUCGCCGGGGCGCUUUGUUUUGAGGUCCUUCCUCGCAGCUCCGCGCCAGUCGCCCAUCCCCAAUGUUUUAAAUAUCGUCCGUUUUGUGUGGUUUUUCAUUCAUUUUUAAGUGUUUCUGAUAUUUCAUCAUUGAGAUUUUGUUUCUAAAGCAGCAGUGAUGAAUCUGGAGUUGCUCGAGUCGUUCGGGCAGAAUUAUCCAGAGGAGGCAGAUGGGACUCUGGACUGCAUCAGCAUGGCCCUCACCUGCACAUUUAACCGCUGGGGGACGCUGCUUGCUGUCGGCUGCAAUGAUGGACGAAUCGUCAUCUGGGACUUUCUGACACGAGGCAUCGCCAAAAUCAUCAGUGCUCACAUACACCCCGUCUGCUCGCUCAGCUGGAGUAGAGACGGACACAAGCUGGUGAGCGCCUCCACAGAUAACAUCGUGUCUCAGUGGGACGUCCUGACGGGAGAUUGUGACCAAAGAUUUCGUUUCCCCUCACCGAUCCUCAAACUGCAGUAUCACCCCAGAGAUAUGGAUAAAGUUUUGGUGUGUCCCAUGAAGUCAGCGCCCGUCCUGCUCACGCUGUCUGACUCUAAACACGUGGUGCUGCCCGUAGACGACGACUCGGAUCUGAACGUGGUGGCGGCGUUUGACCGGCGAGGCGAAUACAUCUACACGGGCAAUGCCAAAGGAAAGAUCCUGGUGCUCAACACAAACACGCAGGAUCUCGUGGCAUCGUUUCGAGUGACGACAGGAACCAGCAACACCACGGCCAUCAAAUCUAUCGAGUUUGCACGGAAGGGCAGCUGUUUCCUGAUCAACACCGCCGACAGAAUCAUCCGCGUGUACGACGGCCGGGAAAUUCUCACCUGCGGGCGGGAUGGAGAACCGGAGCCCAUGCAGAAACUCCAGGACCUGGUGAACAGGACGCCGUGGAAACGCUGCUGUUUCUCUGGUGAUGGAGAGUAUAUCGUGGCGGGAUCAGCACGGCAGCACGCGCUCUACAUCUGGGAGAAAAGCAUCGGGAAUCUGGUGAAGAUCCUGCAUGGGACACGAGGAGAACUUCUGCUGGAUGUGGCGUGGCACCCAGUUCGACCAAUCAUUGCUUCCAUCUCCAGCGGCGUCGUCUCCAUAUGGGCCCAAAACCAAGUCGAGAACUGGAGUGCGUUUGCUCCUGAUUUUAAAGAGCUGGAUGAGAACGUUGAAUAUGAAGAAAGAGAAUCAGAGUUUGACAUCGAAGAUGAAGACAAGAGUGAACCAGAGCAGACAGGUGCGGACGCUGCUGAAGAUGAAGAGGUGGAUGUCACUACGGUUGAUCCAAUAGCAGCUUUCUGCAGCAGUCACAGUGAUGAGGAGCUGGAGGAUUAUAAAGCCCUGCUGUACCUGCCCAUCGCUCCGGAGGUGGAGGACCCGGAGGAGAAUCCAUUCGGACCGCCACCGGACGCUGCCGGUCAGAACGUUGCGACAGAAGACGGAUCGAUUCACAGCGCCACGGGGGAUAAAAAACAAAGACAGCCAACUACUGAUGGAGGACCGCCCAAGAAGAAGAUCCGGACCACCAAUAUAGAACUGCAGGGCGUUCCCAGUGAUGAGGUGCAUCCGUUACUCGGCGUGAAGGGCGACAGUAAGUCCAAGAAGAAAGCAGCCGGGCGGCCGAAGGGCUCUAAAGGUAAAGAUUCCCCGUUUAGACCCAAACUCAGCAGAGACAGGAGCAGACCAGACGUGUCACCAGUAUCAGGAAAUCUGCUCUCGUCGUCAUACAAGCAGCAUGAAGUUCAUGGUUUGGACUGACUUCCCCGUCUAUCAGCAUCUUUAUAUGGACUCUAAAGACUCUGUGUUUGUGUUACAUUAUGACAGAAGGACAUCACACGCCUCUCAGAUCCGCUCCUCGCGUAGAUCCCGAGGGAAUGGACAGCAAGUGUGUUGUGUAGAGUAGAUCUGAUCACAAUGGUCACAUGAUGAUACUCGUUUUGUUAUUCUGUGAGAUUUCUUGACUGGUCAGGUUGUUUUCUUUUUUUAUACAUAUUAAACCAGUUUGUUUUUGACA